ACUAAGCAAGAAAGGCUCCCGACUCCGAGGUCCACCAUUACCCCUGAAAUGUUCUGCAUUAGAAGAUAUUGCUGAUCUGAUUUUGAAGAACUUUUACAAGAAAAUAAUUGUUAUGGUGGGUGCAGGAAUUAGUACAGCAAGUGGCAUACCUGACUUCAGGACACCAGGCUCUGGCCUGUACGACAACCUGGAGAAGUACAAUGUUCCAUACCCGGAAGCCAUUUUUGACAUUGAUUACUUUACCUACAACCCUCAGCCUUUCUUUGCUCUUGCCAAGGAAUUAUAUUCAGGAAAAUACAAGCCAAAUGUCGUUCACUAUUUUCUGAAGCUGCUGCAUGAAAAAGGCUUGUUACUGAGAUGCUACACACAGAACAUUGAUGGACUAGAAAGAAUGGCUGGGAUCCCUCCAGAAAAGCUUGUCGAAGCUCAUGGAACUUUAUCCACUGCAUCGUGUCAUUUGUGUUACACACCUUACCCUGCAAAAGAGGCACAGGAUUGCAUUAUGAACGGUAAUUCUCCUCGCUGCAAUGUCUGUUAUGGAGUUGUUAAGCCGGAUAUUGUUUUCUUCGGUGAAGACCUUCCAAAAAGUUUUUCUAACUUUUCAAAGGAUUUUCCUAAGGCUGAUCUACUAAUUGUAAUGGGGACAUCAUUAGAGAUUGAACCCUUUGCCAAUAUUGUACAUGCUGUGCGCCCAAAUGUCCCACGGCUUCUAAUCAACCGCGAUCUUGUUGGUCCAUUUAAGAACAAGCCAUCAAGAAGCACAGAUGUUGUCGAGCUGGGUGAGCUCUGCGUGGUCACCAGAAAGUUCAUAAGUGCCCUGAACUGGCAGACAGACCUGGAUGACUUAAUUAAAUCUCAAAAGCUCUAGUGUGGAUUCCAUUCUCAAAAUGUCAUACUACAUAAAUUGAGUUGCUAUACAAGAUGUCCUUUGAUCCAGAAGUGAUGAAGACCGACCACUGAUUAACACUAGAAAUCUACAGGGCAUUGAUGAUGAUUUUAUUUUUGUAUACCGAUGCCCCAAUGCACUACAGCACUUAAUAUAUCAAUUGCAUUUAUUUUAUCAUAAAUAUAAGGGAAAUCUCAACCUUUUUUUUAAAUCUAGGAAGAAAGUUUGCAAAUAUGUCAAUAAAUUCUAUUAAAGUUGCCCCUUCCCCUAGACACUGAGCCACUUUUCCACAUAGGCUGUGUUCGGUACGGCAGCUCAGCCUCCUACACUUGAAUAUAGAGAAGCUGCAAUACCAGAGCCAAUGGAUCAGUUGUCGCUGUCAGGCAAAAUCGGAAUAUAAAUGCCAUUAAGUUUUAAUCAUAUUGAUUUAAAGGUUUGGGGAUUUUAU